AGUUCACAGAAAAAAUGACAUUUCAACAAGACCUGACAGCUGUUGAAUUUAUUUUUAUUUUUUCCUGAAAAAAUAAUGAAAUGCAACUAAAUGCUCUGCUACUAUUACAACUCAUGUUUAUUCUUCACGAGGCUUCAUCCUUGAAGAAACUGAUGAAGCCAAGUUUCAUACCAUAUUGCACAACAAGGGACAGAUGUCAACCAGCAUGCUCGUGUGAAAUUUUACCUAACUGCGAAUUGUUGAAUAUGGAUAACACCACCAGAGAAUCUAUUUUAUUCUAUCACAACCAGAUAAGGGGCAUACAGACUAGGGCUGAACCCCAACCCGGUGGUAUGGCAAUGUUGAAGUACGACGAUCAACUAGAAGAAUUAUCCAAAUGCUGGGCAGCCAGAUGCGAAAACGAUUAUUCGGAAUGUUUUCUGUCUCCAAACUACCCUGAAACCUCCAUGUCAGUCACCCAACUCCAACUGGGCAAGGGGCAAAACCCCACAAAUAUUUUAUGGAUACAAGUGAUAAAUCACUGGUUGGGAAACACAAAAUAUCUGUCUGUCGAAACGAUCAAUAGUAUGCCGGCAGGAGAAAAAGGCGAAAUUUUGAGAAACUACGCUCAACUCAUGUGUGACAGGAUAUUGUCCAUAGGGUGUGCUUGGAGUAAAACCGAAGAGAUUUUGACAUGCGUCUGUACUUACGGACCAAGAGGCCCCAUGCAAGGAGAACCGAUAUAUAGGGCUGGAACACCUUGUACUUUAUGUCCUAAGAACUACGCAUGCGAUAACGAGAAACCGUUCGAGAACUUAUGCAAAGAAGUCACGCCAACAACCCCAGAAGUUUUAGAGACUCCCCCAUCACCUCCUCCCAGCCCUUCCAGGAAAAAUUAUAAUAUAAUGAGAUCACAAUAUCUCCCACCACGCUUGCGUUCAGACAGAAUACGAGUGCGAUCGCAGUCGAUACCAGAUGAGGAACAAUUAGAAAUAGAAUACGAGCCCCCACAGCAAUCUCCAGACAUAGAGUUGGUGGCCCAAUUCGAACCAAUGCAGGAUUCUCGACCUCCUCCGUAUCUCGUAGAAGAAAAUGUCACAGAAGAUCCAAUACCUCCAUACCCACCUCAUUUGCCACCAGAACCGUCGGAAUACCCAACUCCAAACACCUCACCUAGACCAACACAAGGACACGCUCCUCAGCCACCUCCAGCUUUGCCUAAACGACCAGGAACAUCGAAUUGGAUACCACCACCACCUCCCUUGCCCCAUUUGCCACUGCGCGACAUACCUGAGGAUAAAAAGAACGUUUCAGCUAUUCUGACAACAACUGGAUUAUCGGCGCAAACGUUACCCCAACUUCUGAAUCCAUCACGGGUACCUAUGAACACUCCACCCUCACAUGUACCUGAACGGAAUGUGGUAGCAACAAGGGAACAGCCGCCGGUCAGAAGAUAUCAUAGGAGAUCGAGUUCUAGCCGGAUCGCAUCGGCAAAUGUGAUGAUUUACAUAACUUUACUCAUUGCACUUCACAAUACAUAACAAAAAUGAUCAGUUAUAUGAAAUAAGAGUAUUGUUGGUCUAGAGUUAUUUACCAGAAAUAGAGUAGCAUCUAACGAGAUA